GACCUCGAGCGCGACGAUCCCAAGUUCGCCUUUCCAGCAGCUCGACUUGUUGGGCUCUAUCGACGCCUAUGGGAGUCAUGCGUGUCCAAAAACAUCGAUGUCCAGAAGCUAGAGCAGAACGACCUUGUUUUGAAGGAAGCUGGUGCGCACCUGAGAAAAGAGAGAGAUAAUCUUCAGGUUCGCCACGACAAGCAGCUAUCCCGGUUGCGUUUUUUUGAGCAGGCACUGAAAUCAUCUCGGGAACGACUGACUAGCGUACUUGAUGACUGGAAUCACCCUUCCAGGCUCAAUCUGGCAGGGUCACCGGACAAUGCAAGAGGAAGGUGA